GUCUCGUCCCUGAACGAAGAACCGUCUCUAAAGAACCGGACCGUGAUGGCGGCUCGUCGGAGGCUCCGUCCUGCUUCUCGUCUCGGUCCAGUGGAGGUCGGAUGGUCGCCCGCGGCCCAGUGGUCCCUGUGAAGACGCCAUCCCUCUAGGUUGCUUCCCUGGCCUUGCUGCUUACCCACAAUGCAUUUCCAGAGGCUUCUGUGUGUCUCCUACACUCCGCUGUAACGUUGCCAACACUCCAUCUUUAGCAGUUCAGUUUCAUAGCAGGAAGGUAAAGGAGCCUGUUCACCACCGUCUUUCUGAAAGCAUGUCUGGCCCAGGGGAUUUACCAGCCAUUGAGGGUCCUGGGAUGGACUUAAUGAGGCUUCCCAUCGGGAUGACCCGACGGGCCCUCAGCUACGAUGACAACAUGGAGGCCCCCAUGUCCACGCCCCCCAAUGACAUCAGUAUCAACAACCUGUGGAGACGACCCAUCAUCCCGGAGAGGAAGUUCUCAAAGUUGGCUGAGGAGGAUGAGAGCGGUGCAGUGAGUCAGCCUACGCUGCCGGACAGCGCCCUCACCAGGUCACCGGGCGUAGUGAAAACCAAGGCCUCUUCCGUCAUCAUGCAUUCCCUCAUCACCAAGCAGACUCAGGAUAGCAUGUACAGGUUUGAGCAGAAGGCGGGCCUCACCGACAGCAGCUACACCCCCCACAAGGGCCUCACGGCGGAGGAGACGAGGCUCCACCACCGCAUGCCCGAGUCCCUCCAGAAACUACAGAUCCAGAGUAUGGAGGCAAAAGAAGAGCGGCAGAGCUCCUCGGCUCAGUCCACUCCAUCCAACACGCCUCACAACUCCCCAAAACAUCAACGCAGGGGCUGGUUUGGGAGUUCAGGGUCAGAGGUCAGUAUCAGCUCCUCCAACAGCAGCAUAGACAUGGGAGGAGAAACGGGCGCGGUGGAGAAGUGGAGCGUGUUCACAACUCGUCCCUUCCUCCAUAAGUCGACCUCUGACCUGGGAUCAGAUUCGGCACCGCCAGCAGGCUUUGCUCUGCAGGCGUACCGUGGCGCCCAGAAGCCGACCCCCAUGGAGGUGAUGAAGUCGCAGGGCACGCGGAUGACCGACGGCAUCGACCCUCAGAAGGUGGCUCCUCCCAAGAUGGAGAUCCCCUCAGUGGAAAGUCGGCGGCAGGGAGCGCGGCCUCACAAGCUCAAACCCAGAGACAUGAACGUCCUGACGCCCUCUGGCUUCUGAGUCUGUGGAAGCCGCUGAAGGUCCCAUGAAAUAAAACCCCCAGUGUGUUGUUACCAGGUAUCUGUGAACCCACAGUCACACAUCCACCAUUUAACUACAGCUACAGCAACACUGCUCCUUUUAACAGUUUUAUACAUCGUUCCUGUUAGCAUGACACAGCAUAUUCACCACGGUAAAGAUUAAUGACAUCAGCUGGCAUAAAGGUGGCGAGGAAAGUAAAAGAAGUAAUUUCCGGGGGGGGGGAAAUCGCCCUUUGACACUAAUAUACUUUAGAUCUGUGUGCUGGUUGAUACCAGAGCAUCACAGUGGUCUUUUAUACAUUAAAGCCUGUUUCACGGGACCUUUAGCGGCAGCACCACACAAACACAGAGCUGUCCGACAUCUUCACAGCUUUCCCAUCCGCGCUGCUUCGACGUAUUUACUGUGCUGCUGAGCUGUCAAAUCAAACAUUUCUCUUACUCGUUGCUCUUCUAACUGUUCCAUGUGUCUGCAGCAUGUUGACCCCCCCCCCCCCGAGUCCAAACGACACGGGGGGCCACUGUCUGAUUUAUUCCUGAGAAAAAGUCGAGCUGAAGUUGAAGAUGAUUCUCUGUAAAACGCACUUUAUUCCCACUCGGCCCGACUCAAACCUGCUCUCCUGCAAAGCAACGUGCUGCUGCUGGUCUAACGUCUGAUCCGUCUCCAAAAUCCUCUCAUGCCUGUUCUUAAAGGGUUCAUCUCACUAGGCAGAGCGGAGACAGGGUAGAUCCAUCGCUGAAAAGAACAAAAAAAUACUGAAAAAAAAUCGUUUGACUCAGGUAAUUUGGCAGGUUGCUGCUCACUGAAACGUUCCACUGAUUUGUUUUGUGUUACAGUUGUUCUCUAAGGAUGUUUUAAUGUAUAGAAUUUGUUUGUUUUUUACCUGCCACUGAACUUACUUAUUGUUUUUCGGGAGCAGAAGAAGAAAAAAGUUUCCACCUGGUGUGUGAAUAUGUAAAAGUCUGAGCUGCAUGAGAUGCUUCUUUAAAUAAUUCAAAUGAAGAAGAGGGUUUAAAGUAGAGUCCAACCGACAUGGGGGAGAAAGGAUUUCAGAGGUAACGGCCGAUAUGUUUAUUUUUAUAAUUGGCUCUUGUGGACGUUCAUCAAACUCGUGUGAGUUUGAUGAGCAAGGAAAUGUUAACGAGGCUUGAUAUUUUAUAACUCGACCAUGAUCUCUAAAUAAUUGAAACAUUAUUAUAAAUGACAACACAAAUACAACAAAUGCACUUAUUUUCUGCAUUUACUCUGUAAAACAACACGAUCGCAGAUACCGGUGUGUCGUUAAAAGGCUCAUCUCUGAUUUCUAUCGCCCAACCAUUAAAUCGGUCUGACUCUAUCAAAGCCAACGGAAGCUUUCUGUUGGCUCAGAUUUCUAACUGCAAAUAUGAUUUAAUGAUUUGAUUUGUGCUGUGUACACUGAUUGAAGAGAGAGAGAGCCGCUGUGCACGCCGGCUGUUUCUGCAGUGAUCUUUACUUAAAUUUCAUUUCUUUACUUAAAAGAAGUUGAAAGAUCUUCACACACAAACUCUCCUGCUUUAGUCUUUUGAUUUUAGAGGUGAAUUCUAUCGCCACAGUUCACAGGAAACACUGAAGAAAACAAAAUCCCCCCUCAAUAAAAUAUAUGAAUUAAUUUAUAAACACUGCAUUUUCCAGUGAUUGCUCCUGCUGCCGAGGUGUGGAAGGUUUAUAAACUGCCAGCUGUGCAGUUGGUUAUUGAUUUUAUAUGCAAGGUCACUGUCAGAUGGUUUAUUUGAGGGUUUGGUAGAGUUCCCAGUGAUUAGAGGUUCACUCUGAUAAUGAAAACACAGAUUGGUAGUUGUUAUUAUUUUUGCACUUUGAAUUAUUAUGGUAGCAGUCUAUUUUCUGGUAGUAGAGUCUAUCCAUGUGUAACGUGACCCAGCUGUGGAGGAGUUUGUGUUUUGAUGGAGUGAACGUGUCACCACCUGUUCCCUUUUUCACGUGAACUAAACUAAAGCUGGACACUAAACAAAACAAGCUCUCGAGCCAGCGACUGUAAGUAAGAAACUUUCUCCUCAGUUACAUGUUUUAUAGAUUGUGUUCACAAGUGAUUAAUUUGUGUGUAAGUGAUGCUGUUCCCUUUAAAUCUGUCCCUGACUGAAGCGACACGUCUCCCCUCCUUCUGUACGAUGACGUCGUCGCACAAAGAGAUGAAAUCUCUGUUUCUGUUGAUCUGUUCAGAAUCUCUUCCAGUUACUGUCUGAGACAUUUUACUUGAUUUAUACAGUUUGUAUUUGGUUUAUUUCCCUUUUGCCAAAACAGUUUGGAAAUUAAAAAAUAAAUAUCACUGUCUCAUCACA